AAGUGGGACUGUGCGUAGGCUACGUCAUGUCCACGGAAAACGACUGACUAUCGAAAGAGCUCUCCUCUUUUGUAAAUACUGAAUGACUCGCCGAGCUGACUAUGGAUGCUUGUUCCUUGAUUGACUUUAAUAGUAUCGGGGCUACAGUGUAUCUGUCUAACUAAGAAUUCCUUGACGCGUUCUCCAAAUUCCAUUCGUGAACGAUAGCCCAUUCUUAUACAUUGGCCUGGUAAGACGAUAACAAAAAUGUGUCUUUGUCGUUGAGCAUAACAGACAAAGUAAAACCAGUGUAUUUAGUUUCUGCCGUUCAGGAUCAAAACAAAACAUUAUGCCAUUCCAUGUUAGUUGCUGAUGGUCGUAUAUUUUAGUUUAUGACAUGUUAAAUGCUGAUGAUGUUUCACUGUAGAUUGUAUCUCGUUUGAUUGGCCCAGGCAGAUGCCAGUCAAGCCUCUUUGUGCCUGCAUGGAUCCGGUUGUAGGCUUAACACAGCAGCAUGGGCAGCGCGCAUUCCAACAGGCCUAAAUAUAUCUGGUAGGGACGCAGUGGGGGAAGGAGAGGGCGACAGAGCUUAGCUUUGGAUAUUUAGCCUUCGUGGUUAAAACGAGAAAUUGACCUUCUGAAACGUAAUACAGUAACUUUUUUCACCAAGGUGGCAAAGUGGGACCAACCCAAAAUGCCCGCAAUUCCGAGUUCUAGGUCCAGGACGCGGGAUCGGAACAACGUCAUGAGCAGACCCGAGUUCAUGUCCCUGAACCAGCCCCUUUGGAGCGGCAACUCGGAGAGCCGGGGAAACUCAAGGCGACCUGGUCAACCCAAACACCAAGCAAGCCUGCCGUGCGACCCGCAGGAACCUACUGACAGUGCCAACAAGGACCGGAAAGAGCCCAUGAAACUGCCCGAGGAGGACUGUAUCCAGCUGAACCCUUCCUUCAAGGGGAUAGCGAUGAGCUCCCUCCUCGCCAUUGACAUUUGUCUGUCCAAGCGCCUGGGGGUCUGCGCCUACACGUCGUCGUCUUGGGGCACGGUUCGUUCCAUGGUCACCCUACUUGCGUUCACGGGACACGGCAUCACGUGGAUCAUUGGCACUAUUGUGUGUCUGACAAGGAGUAAUACGCUGGCGGGACAAGAGGUCUUGGUCAAUCUAUUACUUGCCCUCCUGCUUGAUGUCAUGACAGUGGCCGGAGUCCAGAAGCUGAUCAAACGCAAAGGACCCUGGGAGAUGAGUCCGGGAUUCCUGGACUACUGUGUCAUGGAUGUGUACUCCUUCCCAGCGGCCCACGCCAGCCGCGCCGCAAUGGUGUCCAAGUUCCUGCUUUCCCACCUGGUCCUGGCCGUCCCUCUUCGCAUACUGCUGGUGCUCUGGGCCUUCCUGGUGGGCAUGUCCCGGGUGCUGUUGGGUAGACACCAUCUGACCGACAUGGCGUGCGGCUUCGCCCUGGGCCUUCUGCACUUCAGCCUGGUGGAGACGGUGUGGCUGUCGUCCAGCGCCUGUCAAACCCUCAUCUCUAUAGGGACCCUCAGCUGGAGCUCCUUCUACUGAACACAGGGCCAGGAGUUCUUCCUGAUGUGAUCUGGAACAGAGUUUUCCCUGAUCAAGGCCUACUGUCAAAGGCUGCAUUAGACCUACGUAUAGGCUUUAUCUUGAUUUCCUUUCAAUGAUGUUUGUAUUUUUCUGCUGGAAACUAUCAUUUGUUUAAACUAUACAUUUUUGAGAAACAGGUGGACUGGACUCCAAAUGUGAAUAGAUUUUUGCUGUCAUUGAAUUGUGCUGUAUGUGUUAAACAAAAACAUGAUUGUUGUCUAGAAGAUCAGGGAUUUUGCUACAGGGUUAAAUAUUUAUCCUAUCCAAAUAAGUUUCAAAAGAUAGUUUUGAUUAGUUUAAGGCAAGCGGUUUCAUCAUAGAUCUCUGUAUGUUGUAUAUCCCACAUUGUUUGCCUUCUCUGCUGCAAUCUAAGCAUUAACCAAGCAGAUAGACACAGUUAGUUUAUGGUGCUGAUUUCAUGCCUCACUGAGUAACUGAACAACGUCUGUGUGAAGUAAUCUACAGUACAUCAGGCUUGGGGUUACCAUUGAUACUGUGACAUAUGUGUGUGUAUAUGGGUGAUUGUGUGUGUGCAUAUGUCUGUGUGUGUGUUUGUAUGCCUCCAUGCAAGAUUUCUUAUGUGUGUACCUUUGUGAGUCAAAUGUAAUGUCUUUUGGAGGGUAAAAGUCACUGAGUAAACCUUUGCUGGGUAGUCCUGAAUGUCCUAAGUCCUGAAUGUUCACUGGCAUGUACAAAAAAUGAAUUAUACCCGAUAUCAAAGGCUUUUUUACCUACUGUAUGCCUUCAUGUAUUUCAUUUAUUGGUCUUCUGCUAUCUAUUUUGGUUGUUUAUUUUUGUGAUAUUAUGGACUUGGGAACCAAACUAUUUAAGCUGUAGCCUUUUUGCUUUCGCAAAAAAAUAUUUAAUUGGGUUGAACCUGUAUAUAUAUAUAUGUAUGUAUGUAUGUGAUAUUGCAUUAGUGCAAGUCAGCAUGUUUUGUUUUGUACAAGGAUGACAAGAAAGUCAUCUUUUCAUGCAGUGUUUGAAUUUAUCCAGUCUAAUUUGCUAAAUUAAGAAGAUGGCUGGAUAGUCUUUUUAAGAUGUGGAUGUCUUUCCUGCGUUGUUUAUGCAUGCCCAUAAAUAUACCAUUUGCCAUGA